AUGAUGCGGACCAGCUUCGCGGCAGCGGUGGUGACGGUGGUGGUGUACUACCUCGUGUUUCAGGGGAGAACCAUGUUCGACGAGCCCCUCACGGCUUCGGACAUCUUCGUGUUCGGAGAGUUUCAAGACUCGGUGCAAAGACAGGUAGUCGUUACGACAUCUCCGUUGAGCACGCGACCUCUGUUCUACGUUUUCGAUCAGGAUACAAAGCUACCCAGACAAUCAACUUUUCGCUACACUCUUGAAUUCAAUCUCGGUUUUGAUCAGAUCAUGGUGAUCAGCAGCAUAAUGACUACCGUGGCGUUUUUUCUCCCGCUCGCCGUCGGAGAAUGCCGCCCCGUACCGACCGAUCUCGAGGGAUGGUCCCCAUCAGGGGUAGCGAGCAUUAAGCGUCUCGUCACGCUCAACUGCCACCACGGGGAAUACAACGAGCUUGGAACCUUGUUCCUGAACGAGCAAGACGGGACGAUCAAGCUGCUCUUCCACUUCGGCGACGGCACCCUCCGGUCUUCGUCCGCCGUUCUGUUCUUUGGAGUGUUCAUCACCCUGCAGUGCGUCGCUAGCGGCGUGUGGGUGUCGAACGGGCAGUUCAUCCCCGCCAUAUUGUCCGGCGCGGCCAUGGGCCGAAGCAUAGGAGAGUUGUUGGGGAGAAAUUCGCGAGCCUAUGCGCUCGUCGGCGGUGCGGGUAUCCUGGGAGGCAUCACACGGAUGGCUCUGAGCGUGACGGUCAUGAUGGUGGAAGCAUCAGGAUGGGUCUUGUUCGUGAUCCCGUUGAUGCUUGUUUUCAUCGUCGCGAGAUCAGUGGGAAACCGCUUCAACGAGGGCAUUUACGACACGCAGAUCAGCAUCAAGAAGAUGCCUUUUCUUGAGCAGGAGCCUCCGGAAGAGACCCGAACGCAGAACAUGCGCGCGAACCAGCUCAUGUCGAAAGAAGUCGUGUGCCUGCGACCGAUCGAGACGGUGGAGGCUAUCAUGACAAUUCUUCGCGACUACGACCACAACUGCUUCCCGGUGGUGGAGGACAGGGACCAACGGGUGCUCCUCGGGGUGGUACACAGGAAAAAUCUGGCGGUGCUCCUCAUGGAAAGACACUUUACGGAACCCUCGGCUCAAGAUCCCACCAGGCCGAACGACAUACUGCCGGAGCUGUCGUGGAGUGUGCUCGAGAGGUCAUACCCACACUACCCCAUGCUCCAAGAUAUCAAGAUAGGGGGCGAGCAUUGGCAUUGCCUCAUGGACAUCGCGCCCUAUGUACAGAUCGGACCACACUGCAUCAACGAACACGCCUCCGCCCACCGGGCCUACAUCAUGUUCCGGACGUUAGGCCUUCGCCACCUGGUGGUGGUGAACCACUACAACGAGGUCAUGGGCAUGAUCACUAGAGAGAACCUCUUGCCGGAGCACUUCGGUGCUGGCGGGGCAUACUCCAGAACCCAGGAUGUACACGACAAGCUGUCCGCGGCAUAG